GCUCCGUGGGCUCCCCCGCGAGGGCUCCUGUUUGCCUCGCCAGGCGCUGGGCACGAGGCUCGAUGGGCUGUUCUAGCAGCGCCCAGACCCAGACCCAGGACAGCAACCGGCCGGCUUCAAAACCCAGCGACACCAACGGGCUGCAGAAAUGUGAUGAAAACUUUCCGACCACAGAUGAAAAUGAAACCAUACCUGACCAGACUAAGUUAGAUCCAAUGGAGGAGGUGGAUCUCACACCUGAGGAGACAAAACCUAGUGAGAAUCUUCCAGCAGAGGAGCCAGAAAUUUUGAUUCCAGCAGCAGCAGCAGAAUGUGUUAAUUCUAACUAUAAAAGAGUGGAUCUGGAGGGCACUCGACCGCUGGCUGCAGAACGCCUAGGGGGCACUGGACCACCAGCGGAACACAUUGGGAUACCGCCACCUGCGGGGCCAGCAGAGGGCACUAGGAUACCGCCACCUGUGGGACCGGCAGAGGGCACUGGGAUACCGCCACCUGCAGGACCAGCAGAGGGCACUGGGAUACCGCCACCUGUGGGACCGGCAGAGGGCACUGGGAUACCGCCGCCUGCCAAACCAUCAGAGGGCACUGGGAUACCGCCACCUGCUGAACCGGCAGAGGGAAGUGUCAGCCCUGUAACAGAAAUAGUCAGGAAAGUACAAAGUAACAAAGAGGACCAACUCAUUGAGGGUGAGAUGGGAGAAAAAGUGGAAACUGAGAAGCACAGUGAGCUAAUAAGUGAGGGGACUGAAACAAAAGAAGAAGAAGAAACAGGAGAAGCUGUGGAUGCUACAGCAGCCAGAGAGAUAGAGGCAAUGAAUAAUGAGGAAUGAGAGUCAGGUCUAUAUGGACUUCCUCUUCUUGGUCCUGUCAGCUGCUCAAAUGAACAUUCUUUAAUCUAAUGGCUUUGGGGGGAAAAUAUGAGGAUUUUAAAAAGCUUUUAUGGACUUCGCUACAAGCAUUAACAAAGGGCACCAGAAAAAAUCUAAGUAUUUUUCCUGAAGUCAAGUUGCCAAGACUUCAACAAGCAAUUGAAAUAUAUGAACUUUUUACCUAUCUACCAUAGAGUGCCUUUUAUAUGCUGCUAAUAGAGUGGAAAGAAUUGUCAUAUAAAACAGUCUAACUGCUCAAUUUUCAUUUAAGAGUUUUCCAGGUUAAAAUGAGUAACUUAAAAUCCAUCUGAGGGACACUUAUAAUUGGUACCAACUAGCAUUAUACCGGAUGCAAAAGAUAAGUACUGCAUGUUGUUUCAAUGUUAGUGCUAGGUUGAGGUCAGAAACAUAGGUCCAGUCCUGAUCCCAAACCUUACACAGGUGAAUAAUUUCAAUGAGUGCAUGGAAUACACAUGUUUAUCAAGUUGCUCAAGUGCGUAGAUAUAUACAGGAUUAAGACCUGAGAGCACCAUUUAACAGGACCUGGCUAGAUGCAACAAUCAGUUUUUCAAGAAGAUAAAGAAUACAUAGGGUGUGACACUGUAUGAUGACAAAUGUCUUUUGGUGACUUUAAAAAAAAAAAAAGGGUUACCAGUAGCACAUACACUUGGGCCUGGUCUACAC